GUGCAAGCGACCUCGGGAGCGAAGGACCUCUCGCUGACCCUCGACUUCUGUCUUAUUUUCCCCUCAAUUCCAAACGCCAAAAUGAGUGACGACGCGGAACUGGCUGCCAUUCGCGAAAAAAGGAUGCAGGAGCUCCAAGGAAUGCAAAUGCAGGAUUCUCCAUUUGGAGUCAAAGUUCCUGGUAAUCCUUCAGCUAUGCAGGGUCAGCAUCAGAAGCAGGAGGAGAUGAUGCAGCAGCAGCAGCAGGCAAUCAAUGGACUGCUAAACCAGGUGCUUGACCAGCAGGCUAGAGCAAGGCUAAACACCAUCAUGGUAGCCAAGCCUGAGAAGGGCAAGCAAGUCGAAUCUGUCAUCGUUCAGAUGGCAACUACGGGUCAGAUUGGUGGAAAGUUGUCAGAAAAUGACCUCAUUGGCCUUGUUGAAAGAGUUAACGCACAAACACAGAAAACGACAACAGUCAAGUUUGACCGACGGCGAGCUGCUCUUGACGAUGAUGAUGAUUGGUAAAUCAUCGGCAUGAGAGGGAAUCAAAAGAAGAAAUCCCAGACUUAAGCCAUGAAGCACACUUUUUGCCUACAUUUAUACUCUGCUUUCUAGAUUCUUUCGGAACCAUAUUUUUUCAUCUAUUUCUUAUAAUUUCCUUUCUCUUGAGAUAUAGGUUUUGAGACUUUUUUGUUAUCAUUUGUUUUUUUUUCUUCUGGUGUGAACUAGAGAAAAUGUUUUCCAUUGUGCUUUUUGGUAACAAUCAAAAAAGAAAACUACUUUUUUUUUUUUUGUAUUGAUAAAUAAAAAUUCUUAAAAAUUAUUUUUCAAAUCAUAACUGAUUUUCUCUCAAGGUUUUCUCUUUUGUUUGUUCUGUUAGUUUUGCUCAACUUUUUGAAGAAUUAUGAUGUUGAAGUUGGUUGUCUUUACUGGAUCUGAAAUCAUGGCAAACUGCAAUCUUAUGCUCUCAACACCACUUUUUAAUAUCUCACUUAUUUCUAAAAUCUGCUUUUUCCUGAUCAAAAAAUCAAUCGACAAUUUAAAAUGAUACCUGAUCAUAGUUUUUUUUUUCUAUGAAAGAGAGAUUGUUGGGGGUUUCAAAUAAAGUUUGCAGAAACCAAAGUAUUUUUUCACAAUCCCUGCCAAAUGUGUGAUCAGACUGAGUGAAUAACUUCAGUUGCACUUUUUACUAUGAUCCUCUACUAUGUAAGACUUGCGUCCUUUACACUAUGCAUAACCCAGGCUUGAAUAUUCAUGGCUUAAUUAAUAUAAAAUUACAAAUAUAACAGAUAGCGUUAAAGGACUAUGUAGGCACUAUGCAACCCAGUUUUAAUAUUUCAAGUAAAAUAAUUGUCAGCUUGUAUUAUUCAUCCAAAGUGAGAUUAGGGUUGUUGUUAGUACUUGAUGUGUGGCCUUCGUAUUAAAAUCGACUAUGUGUCUACUCUAUGAGUAGCUUGCCUUGGAACAUUUUCACUUCUGUUGUUGGAAGACAAUACAUGACAAUGUAUUUUGCUAUUCAGAUUAAUGGAGGAGGGCAGAACAGUCUAGUUUUUAAUGAUAUUCUGUUAGGUGACAGUUAAUUGUAACUUUCAGAAGGUAAUUAACUAACUAGUCUCAUGUUAUAGUCACAACAAAGCUGUCUCAAUUGUAUUGAGUGGGUAUGUUUUGUACAAUUGUGUUAGUCAGUUUCUGUUCCAUGAUUGCUUAUACUUGUUUAUUAAUAAACUCUAAAUUGCAGUA